AUGGAGGAGGAAGAGGAAGACGUCUCGUCUGAAAGCGUUACCAGACGACUACGGAUUAACAGAGACCGCCAAGGAGCGCACGAGAAAUUGGUGAACGAUUAUUUUUCGGAUGCACCCCUUUACAAUGCCGAGAUUUUCAGACGAAGGUUCCGAAUGAGUCGCCUGUUAUUCACACGCAUUGCUGAUGAUUUGGCGGGGCAAGAUCCGUUUUUCACGCAACGACCCGAUGCUCGUGGUUAUGAAGGGUUCAGCACGUUACAAAAGUGUACUGCGGCCAUUCGCCAACUGGCGUACGGGACAGUGGCCGACGCUUUGGACGAGUACUUACAGAUGUCGCCAAGAACUACGCGGGAAUGUUUGUAUCGGUUUUGCCAUAAUGUGGUGAAACUGUAUAGCAAAAAAUAUUUGCGGAAACCAAACGUGUAUGAUGUUCAACAGUUGUACCAAGCUCAUGAAGCAUGGCACGGGUUUCCGGGAAUGCUCUGUAGCAUUGAUUGUAUGCAUUGGGCGUGGCAGAACUGCCCGAAUGCGUGGCGAGGCCAAUAUACGCGAGGUGAUCACGGCUAUCCAACCUUAAUACUUGAGGCCGUGGCCUCACAAGAUUUGUGGAUCUGGCAUUCUUUCUUUGGUCUCCCUGGUUCACUUAAUGACCUCAACGUGCUAUACCAAUCGGCGAUCUUUAGCGAUGUCGUUAAUGGAAUCGGUUCGGACACCAGUUUUUCAGUUUCUGGGGUUGAGUAUAGACGCGGUCUGGACACCAACGAAGGUCGGGCGAUUUGUGAGUAUGAUGAGAAUGCAUCUAUUGGGAAUACUGUCGCGGUAGAUCCGGCACAACAGGAUUUAAACUCGUUCUCGCUAACCAACGAUUUCACGCAUGCAAACCUUCAAUCCAAUUUGGUAGAACAUAUAUGGAACAACGCAAACGACGGGGACGGGGACGGUGACGAAGACGAUAGCGAGUAG